AGUGAAGCACAGUACGUCGGUGGCUGGCGGAGCCGGGAGGUGAAGCUGGAGAGGCGGUGGCGGCGGCGGCGGGAGGCCGGGACUGGGGCUGAGGCCGAGGCGGGGACUGCGAGGCCUUUGGGGAGGCAGGCGGCGGCAACCCGGGGCCUGAAUCCGGAGACAGGAGCGGCCGCCAUGGCCGAGAGCAUCAUAAUCCGCGUCCAGUCCCCGGAUGGAGUGAAGCGCAUCACAGCCACAAAGAGAGAAACAGCAGCAACGUUUUUGAAGAAGGUCGCAAAGGAGUUUGGAUUCCAAAACAACGGCUUCUCGGUUUACAUCAAUAGGAACAAGACUGGAGAGAUCACAGCAUCGUCCAGCAAAUCCCUUCAUCUGCUGAAAAUCAAGCAUGGCGAUUUGUUGUUCCUGUUUCCCUCGAGCCUUGCUGGACCUUCAACUGAAAUGGAGACAUCGACCUCAGUAGGGUUAAAGACCUUUGGUGCUCCUAAUGUGGUUGAAGAUGAGAUCGAUCAAUAUCUCAGCAAACAGGACGGGAAGAUUUAUAGGAGCCGGGACCCACAGCUAUGUCGCCAUGGCCCCUUGGGGAAGUGUGUGCAUUGUGUCCCACUGGAGCCAUUUGAUGAGGACUAUCUGAACCACUUGGAGCCUCCUGUGAAGCACAUGUCCUUCCAUGCCUACAUCCGGAAGCUGACUGGAGGGGCUGACAAGGGGAAGUUUGUUGCCCUGGAGAACAUCAGCUGCAAAAUUAAGUCAGGUUGUGAGGGACACCUCCCAUGGCCCAAUGGUAUCUGCACCAAAUGCCAGCCUAGUGCCAUCACGCUGAACAGACAGAAAUACAGACAUGUGGACAACAUCAUGUUUGAGAACCACACUGUGGCUGACCGCUUCCUUGACUUCUGGAGAAAGACAGGCAAUCAGCAUUUCGGGUAUUUAUAUGGACGGUACACAGAGCACAAGGACAUUCCCCUUGGCAUCAGGGCUGAAGUGGCUGCGAUUUAUGAGCCGCCUCAGAUUGGUACACAGAACAGCCUGGAGCUUCUAGAAGACCCGAAAGCUGAGGUGGUUGAUGAGAUUGCUGCCAAACUUGGCCUGAGGAAGGUUGGAUGGAUAUUCACGGACCUUGUCUCAGAAGAUACCCGAAAGGGUACAGUCCGAUACAGUCGGAAUAAGGACACCUAUUUCCUGAGUUCAGAAGAAUGCAUCACUGCAGGAGACUUUCAAAACAAGCACCCCAACAUUUGCCGGCUCUCUCCUGAUGGGCAUUUUGGAUCCAAGUUUGUUACUGCAGUGGCCACAGGUGGUCCGGACAACCAGGUUCACUUUGAAGGGUACCAGGUGUCCAACCAGUGCAUGGCACUGGUCCGAGACGAGUGUCUGCUGCCUUGUAAGGACGCCCCUGAGCUCGGCUACGCCAAGGAGUCCAGCAGCGAGCAGUAUGUUCCUGAUGUGUUUUAUAAGGACAUAGACAAGUUUGGCAAUGAGAUCACGCAGCUGGCUCGUCCCCUGCCUGUGGAAUAUCUGAUCAUAGACAUCACAACCACCUUCCCUAAGGAUCCAGUUUACACUUUUUCUAUUUCGCAAAAUCCGUUUCCUAUUGAGAACCGGGAUGUGCUGGGUGAGACACAGGACUUUCAUAGUUUGGCCACCUACUUGUCCCAGAAUACCUCAUCCGUGUUCUUGGAUACCAUCUCUGACUUCCAUCUCCUGCUGUUUCUGGUCACCAAUGAAGUCAUGCCGUUGCAGGACAGCAUCAGCCUGCUGCUAGAAGCUGUGAGGACUAGAAACGAGGAGCUAGCACAGACGUGGAAAAAGUCUGAACAGUGGGCCACCAUUGAGCAGCUGUGCAGCACUGUCGGCGUGCAGCUUCCAGGCAUCCAGGAGUACGGAGCAGUCGGGGGCUCUGCACGUGCUGCCACCUCUGCCAUGUGGGCCUGUCAGCACUGCACCUUCAUGAACCAGCCUGGCACUGGCCACUGCGAGAUGUGCAGCCUCCCCAGGACCUAGGGCUCUGGCCCUCUGCUGAGCAGGACUGGGCCAGCCCAGCCCUCUCUGAAGCCUGGAACACCACGUGUUUCCUGUAAGGCCUGACGCCCACAACCCUGAAGCAGCAGCGGAGCCAGCCACCCGGCAUUCUGGAUAUACACAGAGGCUUCUCAGUGCGGAUCUUGAAGAGAAAGAGCCCCAGCUGCUAUGCUGGGGUUGAACAGAACCUCCAAACUGGAAGGGCAGAGCAGCCCUGCCCAAGAGCACCCCACAUGCCUCACCUAGUUAGUAGCUCCCCACUCUAUUGGAAGGACUGAGCGCCUCUGAACUAUCACCCGAAAUUGGGGUGCAGAGAGAGGUUGCUGCUGUCGCCCCGCUAUCUUUCCUUCCUCUAUGCUUUUUGUUUUCUGCCUCCCACCUUCUCCCCAGUUUUUGGAUGGAUGCUCCUGGCUGUCUCUGUUCCCUCCCUUUGGGAGCAUGUGUGGCUAGGUAUGACCUGUACCCCUGCCCUUGCCUGAAAUCAGUUAUCAAUAAUUCCUGCCCAGAAAACUUUUAUUUAUUGUUUUUAAGAUAAAACUGCACAGACAGGAGCGAGAGCGACUUAAUUCUGCUUUCUUUCCUCCUUGAGUGCAGCCCUCCUGGGUGUUCAGGUGGUUAUUGGGCAGGGGCCACCAUCAGUUCUCCUCUGAAGCAAACCUCAGUGCCUGAGACUUUCCUACCACGCCACAGGAUGCUGGCAGCUGGUAGCCUGGGUGGCUCUUGCUUGGGGUCAGCCCCUUGGAGUCUAUGGGCCAGCCCUGGGAUUGUGGUCCCCUCCCCCAGCACUGUUCCUUUACCCAAGGCCUUGCACAGUGCUGUGGCAGUUGAGACGGCCACCGUGAGGCCUGGACAAGUGAGGGCAAUUAAAGAUGGUCUCUGAGUGUCCUUGUGGCUCUGUUGUGGCAGCCUUUACCCAGGUAAGACACGGAUAUCUUGAUGCCUCUUUGCCUUAAUGAGAGCUAAAUCAGCUAUCCUCACCCUGGGAAGGGCUAUGCCAACCACAGACUGCUGGAGGCCAUAGUGUCCGGCUAGUGGAGUGCACCCAUGCUGCCUUCCACGUCCUCGGCCCCGCAGGCAGCACACUGGUCGGCUAGGCUUUCAUGUGGCAGGGCUGGGGUUAGUGUCUCUGGUUUCACCUGGCAGGCGAUCUGUAGUCCGAGGCCCUGGGGCUGUGGACCCAUUGAGUUUGGUUUAGUAUUGGUAGGCUCAUCCUUGGAGGGUCAGGGUUAUCUCCCUCCCUCCUGGUGGUCUCCCUGGCUAGGGCUUCACAUUUCUGUCUUUCCUGGUCCUUGAGAUCUGGUAGACUGGACGUCCUGGCACAGCUGUGUCCCCAUGCCAACCGUACUAGCCCUGUUCUUCACGCUGGGCAGGUGCUGGGCAGCACAAACCCUGGAGACCUUCUUGCCACUCCUUCCCCACUCAUCUUUGUCUGCAAAGUCAUUUGCUUUUUCUCAUGCUCUGACAUCCACAUAAUUCUUGUUUUCUCUGUCUUUCAGCUAAAGAAAUUGUUGUAAUUUCUCUGCUUAUGGUUUUGAGUUACUCUUUGUUCAGUAGCGCACUUUAUUUUGUUGUCCAAAGAGAGUCAAGCUGAUGCCACCAGCCUGGUGCGAGCCCUACAGAAGGUUCAGGCCUGAGCAGCUCAGCUACCUUCUCCUACAUGGAGGUGGCCCCAUUCCCACCUCUAAUCUCUCUGCCAUCAGGCGUUAUAUGACCCAGAAAGGGGUGCCAGCGGGUAUACCUACCCAAGUGAACCCAGGCUGAGAGAUGGGGCCAGCCCUGGCCUUGCCCUGACCAGCCUGCUCCUGGGCCAUGGGUGCUCCCACAUUGGCUCUGUUGUGCUCAUAGGUGUGCACCGGCUGGGUGUGAACUAGCAUUUCUUUGACCCUAGCCCUGCAGUGGAACCUAAUAAAAGCGCCUGAAGCGAU